AUGCCUUCAUAUAUUACAAGUUUUAUUUUCACAUCAUUAGUAUGUCAAGUAACAGUGGUUUUCGCACAUGAUCACCUACUUGAAGGUAUUUAUUGUGGUAAAGAAAACUGUUAUAAUGUUUUGGGUGUUACAAGAGAGGCUACAAAGAGUGAAAUAUCCAAAAAUUAUAGACAACUGGCGAAAAAAUACCACCCAGACAAACAUCGCGGCGAGCAAGAAAAAAAAGAAGCCGAAGAAAAGUUUAAAGAAAUAGCGACGGCUUAUGAAAUACUAAGAGACGAUGAGGAAAGGUCUGACUACAAUUACAUGUUAGAUAAUCCACAGGAAUACUAUGCCCAUUAUUAUAGAUAUUACAGACGCCGCAUGGCCCCGAAGGUCGAUGUUCGAAUUGUUUUGGCUGUGACAAUUACUAUUAUAUCUGUUAUACAGUACUACAGCGCGUGGUCCAAAUAUGACACGGCUAUCAAAUAUUUUAUGACCGUACCCAAGUAUAGGCACAGGGCAUUAGAAAAAGCGAAAGCUGACAAUAUAGAAAUACAAACAAAAGUUAAAGGCCCUAAGAAGAAUAAAGCAGAGAUAAAAGAAGAGCAAGAUAGGAUAAUAAGAAAAAUUAUUGAAGAAAAUAUGGACAUAAAAGGUGCUUACGCUAAACCCGAGAUAACAAAUAUACUAUGGAUACAAAUUAUAAUACUACCCUACACGAUAGCUAUGUUCAUUUACUGGUAUCUUAGAUGGUUCUGGAAAUUCACGUUAUUAAAGCAUCCUUACGGGGAGGAAGAGAAGUUAUAUAUAAUAAGAAAAUUUAUGAAACUCGGCCAGUAUCAAUUCAAUGCUUUAGAAGAUGAUGAGAAACAGGAAUUUUUAGACGAGGAAUUGUGGAUAAAAGAGAACUUUGAUGUAUGGAAGGAAUUAAAAGACGAGGAAACCAAAAAGGCCUUAGCAGAUAACAAUAAAUAUAAACAAUAUAGAAGGUAUAUUAAGCAGCACGGGGUCGGAAGAAUGACCUUUGACGACUCAUGA